AUGUUAGCCGUGGUCAUCUUUGGCGUAGUCCUGUUGUCCUCAGUGCAAGUGGAGACCAAGUUCAAGAGUCUACACUGCACCAACUACAACAAAACCCUGGGCGAAAUUAAACUAUGCAAAAUCAAGGCCAUCAACCGAUAUAGAAACUCGAUUAGUAUUCAGUUUAGGCAAAAGACAACUGUCCAUAAUGUGAAUAUGCGUCUUGAGUUAUUCAAACGAGCCAAUGGCUGGCGUCCUUUUCUCUACAAUAUAUCAUUUAAUUUGUGUGAUUUUCUAUCAAAAAGAAACAACAUGAUCGUGCGACUUGGCUAUGAGUAUAUUAAGCCCUAUAUACCCAUUACCAACUACACCUGCCCUUUUAAGAAAGGACACUUGAUAAAAGUAACGGAUCUGGAGUUUGAUAUUGAAAAAUUUCGCAUUCGUUUCCCCAUAGAAACGGGCGAGUACGCUAUUCAGCUGAGCUUCAUAGUAGCGAGAAUUGUGACCUUGACACUGAAUGGAUCUGCGGAAUACUACAAUUAUCGAGAGCACUAG